UAAUCACUACAUAGGGAACCUUUGGGAUUCACACGAUGGUUGAACACUUGAACAGGGGCGCUGGAUUUUCUCAUAUCAGCCUGCAGAGGAAAAGAAGAGCUAAAGUCCAUUAUUAAUGACUACAGCAGGAUCAUUAUCUAGAGACAUGUAACACUAAGUACCUAGCAACAAGACUAAUUCAACUCCGGGUUAAAAGUCUCAGCUUUCAUCUGUCAUCUAGUUAUAAAUCAUAAUAAUAGAGGGUAAAAGUAACGCUAAACGGAAAAAAAUAUUCUGUUUGGAGUUGGAGCGGGUGAACCAGGUAAGCAGCUGUCACUGCUCUCAUCAGGUGCCAUGCGUGGCUGUGUGUGGAGCUUUCGAGCUCUGUCCCCAGCCCUGCUCCCUCUGCUCCUCUCCCGCUCUCGGUGCUGUAGAACCCGAGCGGUCUGCCAUGGCCUUUGGGGCUCGGUCCAGUUUCUCAGCACGGCUCCGGAAGCCCAGGGCGCGCCUCUACCCAGCCAGGCCCGAGUCGUGAUCUGUGGCGGGGGAAUCGUGGGAACCUCCGUCGCCUAUCAUCUGGCGAAGUUAGGCUGGACGGAGGUUGUGCUUCUAGAGCAGGGGAGACUCGGAGCUGGCACGACUCGGCUGUGUGCGGGGAUAGUAAGUGUUGCCAAACCCAUUUUUAUUGAGAGCCAGAUGGCAGACUACUCGAAUGCCCUGUAUGAGAGUUUGGAGCGGGAGACUGGAGUCAAAACAGCUUUUGCCAGGACGGGAUCACUGUGUUUGGCUCAGAAUCAGGACCGUUUCCUCUCACUGAAGCGUCUGGCAUCCAGACUCAACGUUUUGGGUAUAGCCUGUAACAUCAUCAAACCCAAAGAGGUUUCCAAGCUUCACCCCUUGGUGAACAUUCAUGACUUGGUGGGCGCUCUCCACCUGCCGGGAGACGCCGUGGUGUCGCCUCCAGACGUCAAUCACGCCCUGGCAGUGGCAGCAGCAAGGCACGGAGUCCAGAUCCAUGAACGAACCAGCGUAAACCACGUUCUUGUGGAAAAGGGUCACGUCAAAGCAGUGGAGACGGACCGAGGCGCCAUUGAGUGCGAGUACUUUGUCAACUGUGCUGGACAGUGGGCGUAUGAACUCGGCCAGAGCAGUGAAGUGAAAGUGUCUGUGCCUCUACACGGCUGUGAACACUUCUACCUCCUCACUAAACCUCUACAGGAACCUCUGCAACCCACGACACCAGUGGUGAUGGAUAUGGAUGGGAGGAUUUAUAUACGGAGCUGGCAGGGUGGCGUUCUCUCUGGAGGCUUCGAGAAGAAUCCCAAACCCAUCUUUACUGAGGGCCGCAAUCAACUGGAGAUCCAAAACAUGCAGGAGGACUGGGACCAUUUCGAGCCCAUGUUGAGCGCCCUGCUGAGGAGAAUGCCGAGCCUGGACUCGUGCGAGAUCCAUCAGCUGGUGAACUGUCCUGAGUCCUUCACCCCAGACAUGCGCUGCCUCAUGGGCGAGACUCCAGGAGUGCACGGCUACUUUGUCCUGGCAGGCAUGAACUCCUCGGGUCUGUCUUUUGCAGGAGGGGCUGGCAAAUAUUUGGCCGAAUGGAUGACUUAUGGCUAUCCAAGUGCCAACGUUUGGCCUCUGGACAUCAAGCGCUUCGGUAAUCUGCAGAGCAGUCGCACGUUCCUGCGUCAUCGUGUGAUGGAGGUCAUGCCACUUCUGUAUGAGCUGAAAGUGCCAAGAUGGGACUUCCAGACGGGCAGACAGCUGCGCACCAGCCCCCUUUAUGACCGUCUGGACACGCAGGGGGCUCGCUGGAUGGAAAAGCAUGGCUUUGAGAGGGCCAAAUACUUUGUUCCUCCGGGAAAGGAUUUGCUGGCCCUGGACCAGAGUAAAACCUUCUACAAGCCGGACUGGUUUGACAUUGUUGGUGCUGAGGUGAAGUGCUGUAAGGAGGCGGUGUGUGUCAUCGACAUGUCCUCCUUCACCAAGUUUGAGCUCACAUCGUCCGGGGACCAGGCCUUGGAGCUGCUCCAGCGGCUGUGUGCUAAUGACCUGGAUGUUCCCGUAGGACACAUCGUCCACACAGGCAUGCUCAACGAGAGAGGGGGAUACGAGAAUGACUGCAGCGUGGUACGCCUGAGCAAGAACAGUUUCUUCAUCAUCUCGCCUACAGAUCAGCAAGUGCAUUGUUGGUCUUGGAUUAAGAGACACAUGCCCAGUGACCCACAGCUCCACCUAGAGGACGUCAGCUGGAAAUACACUGCUCUUAAUCUGAUUGGUCCUCGGGCGAUGGACGUGCUGUCUGAGCUCUCCUAUGUCUCUAUGACUCCGGAGCAUUUUCCCUCUCUGUUUUGUAAGGAAAUGAGUGUGGGCUACGCUAAUGGAAUCAGAGUAAUGAGUAUGACUCAUACAGGAGAGCCAGGCUUCAUGCUGUACAUCCCUAUAGAGUACGCACUGCACGUGUAUAACGAGGUCAUGUCGGUGGGUCAGAAGUACGGCAUCCGUAACGCAGGCUACUACGCCCUGCGCAGCCUGCGCAUCGAGAAGUUCUUCGCCUUCUGGGGACAGGAUCUGGACUCGUUCACGACGCCCCUCGAAUGCGGUCGCGAGUUUCGCGUCAAAUUCGACAAGGACACAGAUUUCCUGGGCAGGGAGGCUCUGUUGCAGCAGCGGCAGGAAGGAGUGACGCGCCGCUUCAUCAUGCUGGUCCUGGAGGAUCACGACGCCGAGCUGGACCUGUGGCCGUGGUGGGGCGAAGCCAUUUACCGUAACGGAGAACUGGUGGGUGUGACCACUAGCAGCGCCUACAGCUACACGCUGGAGCGCCACGUGUGUCUGGGUUUCGUCAGCUCACCCGGCGCACACGGCGGCGCCAAAGUCAUCACGCCCGACUUCAUCAACCGCGGCGAUUAUGAAGUGGACAUUGCCGGACACAGAUACCCAGCCAAGGCCAAGCUUUACCCGUUCAGCUCGCUCUUCGCCCAGCAGAGACGGCGCAAAGAGGACGUGGAGCUUAGCAACUUUCAGGGCAAGUAAGGGAUUAAAGUACGGCUCGGAAUAAAUAGACCUCACCUUUGUGGGGUUUUUUUUCCCCAUAUGAUCCACAAUCAGCGCUGUUUUUUUCUUACUUUGCUUCCUAUGUGCAAUACACAUCAUCAUAUGUGCUGUAGAAUUAAUGUUUGUCAGAGUUUAUCAGUCCUGUCCUCUGGAACGCCAGCGUUCUCUCUCCAAAGCACAUCAAUCCGCAUUGCACAACCGUCACUAUCUGCUCAGGUGUGUUUGGAGGUGAACCAGCUGACGGUCUGAGGACUGGAUUGAGAAUCUUCUCUAUGUUAUACUACAAGACUGUAAUAUAGCCUCAUUUUUUUGUUUUCUUUUUCCCCCCUCUACUGAACAGUGUGUUGUCUUUGUGAGUCUGCCUUGCUUUAAAAUGAAUACAGAAACAGUAGUGGGUGAAAAGGAUAUUCCGUCCUUUUAUCAGCACAGGGAAAUGUCACAUUUCUUGUCCAUGGCUAUCGCACAUGAGCUAGAGAGCACAGUAGAUGGAGAUUAGAAUGAAAAAUGUUGGACUACUCCUUUAAAUAAUCCGUCCUGUGAACUGAUAAUGUCUUUACUUUCUGCCUGACAGAAAUGCUCUUCUGCUCUGGUGCAGCAGUUUAUGGUUCAAAUGGUUAAGUCAUAUUUUUCUUUAUAACCCUGAUACCCUCUGACAAUCGAAUUCGAAUCAUUAAGAAUCGGUGUCUGAGGCGUUUGUGGUGUUGCACACAACGAGAGACAGGGUGCCAUUUAUCGUAAUAUUCAGACGUGUUUUCACAAUCUCCAAGCCAUUUUGAAAAUGUCAAAUACAGAAAUGUAUUUUUAUAUAUAUACUGUACAAAAUACCCUUUUGGAAUGAAGAGUAGUGUAUAUAGAGCACGUUUGUGCAAAAUGGCUGUUCAUAUCUAAAUCCGUUGCCUGACUGAUGCACUUCAGUACAGUAUACAAUGCAUUAUAAUGCAUCGUAGCGCUCUUUGUUGGGACUGAAGCACUGUUGUGAAGUCUGAAGUGUUUUUAAUACUGAAUGGUGUAUUUACUAUUGUUGCACAGCACAGUGAAGGUGAAAUGUUCAGUUAAAGAACUGAGGAAAAUCUCAGUUGGCUAAAUGUCAUAUAUGUGCAUUGAAGUCUGGCUUUUAUCGCACUUUUUUUUGUAAUCUUUAUUACAUACACUUCCAGAUACAACUAUUUCAUUAUGACAAUGAAGAGUCACUUAAUCAACGUCUCUCUGUUUUUCUCUCUCUCGUGUGUGUGUAUUUGUGUGUGUGUGUGUGUGUGUGUGUGUGUGAGAGAGACAUUUCUACACAAGUGGUAGGUUUGUAUAUAAAUGAUGAUAACACUGCACUGUCAGGACUUUAUUAUAAAUUUUUCCAUCGUUUUUUUCCUCAUCAUUGUUAUAAAUCUCUGAUCAUUUUGAAUAUUACAUUUAAAAGAAUAAAAAUUCAGACGGCAGUGUAAAUCUUAAAUUUUUUUGCAACAUUUGUAAGUUUCUUAUCUCUAUUUGUUUCCCAGUUAAACAUGGGUGAAAAGCGCUAAAUGACCUUUCAAAUUUGGUAACUUUUGUGACACCGUUGUGUGCAAAAGUUUGUAUCCCCUUAGGACGUCAUGAAGAAUGUAAUUUAUAGGUGCUAGGUUUCAUAGCUCUUUCUUCACUUAAACAAGCAGCAAAUAUCGUCCAACAGUGCAUUUUAAGACAGUCUCCCUUUCUGAAUACAAUAUAAAUAUUCUCUAAUAACUUGCAGCUCUUUAUAACUUCCUCCAACUCCUCUGUUUUUCUGUUGACUUUUGUCUCGUGGUUAGAUUGUUGUCUUGAUUUCAUUUUUGACAUUUUGGAAUGUUGUGUUUUGCAGAUAAAUUGUAAAAUCUGAGGUACGGUUUCACAUUUUUUUCCACCCAGACUCCAUGGGGUGUGCAAACUUUUGCUCUCAGCUGUAAGUAAACACACCCAGGAGAGUGUUUGGUAUACAGUAUGUGUUGGCUUUGUUUGAUGUGUGUUGUGUAAUUGAGAAGGGAUUUGUGAUACAUUAUUGAGUGCAGAAUAACCUGUUCAUCAUUCUACUGUAAAUUUGAAAAUAUUUGGAAAAUUGAGCUGUAAAGAAAUAAAACUGGUUGUCAUUAGCACACAGAGAGUGUUGGACACACUGUUUACGUCUGUACUCUUUUUGUUUUUUGGCUGCUCUAACGUACAUAUCAUUAAACUCCUGUUCCUUUCGUCUUUUUAAA